AUCACAUUCUCUCAACUCUUAAAACUAUCAACUCACAAGCACUUCACUCCUCACUUCCACCUCUAGCACCUCACAAAGCAAAGAAAACAAAACUUCAAGACAAACAAUAACAACACACAUACACAAAAACAUGUCUAAGUUAAGGUUUUCUUGGUUUUGCAUGAUGUUUUUCUUGUUAACAAGUUUAGUUCUAGUAAAAGGCGAUUAUGAAUAUGAUUAUGAUGAUUCAUUUGCUCCGGGCGAUAAUGAAGCUCCAGCACCGGCACCGUCAAGUGGUGGUGGAGAGAAGAGAGCUUUGGUGCCAGCUUUAUUUGCCUUUGGAGACUCUUUGAUAGACAGUGGAAACAACAACAAACUUUUCACAUUUGCUAAAGCUAAUUAUUUUCCAUAUGGAAUUGAUUUUGGUGGCCCUACUGGACGUUUUUCUAAUGGUAACACCAUCCUUGAUCAGAUCGCUGACCUUCUCGGAUUGCCUCUGCUUCCACCAUAUUCAGAGCCCUUCAACGUCGAUAAAAUGAGUUACGGAGUGAACUAUGCCUCUGCUGCUGCUGGUAUCCUUGAUAUUACGGGCUUUCACUUUGUGGAGAGAAUUCCAUUCAGUUAUCAAAUUAAAAACUUUGAAAACACAUUGGUGAGUUUGGUAAAAAAUUUGAGUGCAUCAGUUGUGAAAGAGGCAAUUCCCAAGUGUAUGUUCUAUGUGGGGAUGGGCAGCAAUGACUACCUCAAUAAUUAUAUUAUGCCUGCUUACUUUAGUCAAGAUCAAUACUCUCCUCAAAAGUUUGCUGAAUUACUCAUUCAUCAGUACAAAACUCAAUUGACAAAAUUGUACGAUCUUGGAGCUCGAAAAUUUAUAAUUUCUGGGAUUGGACAAAUGGGUUGUAUCCCAAGCAUGCUAGCAGAAAGUACAGAUGGUCAAUGCUCAGAUUUAGUAAAUAAAAUGGUCCAUCCAUUCAAUGCCAAACUAAAGACAAUGGUCAUGAAACUCAACAAGGAUCUGUCUGGUGCCCACUUUAUUUACCUUGACAUGGAAAAUAUGUUCAUGGAUAUCAUUAGCAACCACAAGUCCUAUGGGUUCAGUGUGAUAGAUCGUGGGUGCUGUGGCCUAGGGAAAAACAAAGGGGAAGUAACUUGUCUUCCAUUCCAAACACCAUGUCCAAACAGAAAUGAGUACUUAUUUUGGGAUGCAUAUCACCCCACAUCUGCAGUCAACCUCUUGCUUGGGAGUAUGGCUUUCUAUGGAGGUCCAAAUUUUACUUAUCCUAUGAAUAUUGAGCAGCUUGCUGGUCUCUGAGAUUGAAGGAUAUGGAAUGUAAUAGUAGUCAUUUUUUAGUGUAUCUAGAAAAGAAGGCCUUAGAAAAUAGUAGGGAACUUCUUGAUUACAUGGUCUUCCUUGCUAUGGAUGGUAAUUCACAUAUGUUAGCAGUGGACUAUUAUAAUCUAUAAUAACUUUGAUGGACUCUCGUUAGAA